AUGGUUUUGUGUGUUUGGGGGGGGGGUCAAGAGGAUACCCAGCUGCUCUAUAAGAGAGACACGUUAAUGGCUUUGGCUCUCGAGCCACUCACAUUCUCAUCCAACCUUGAGAAUCUGAUCUCUGGAGGUUUGGCAUCUUGUAUGCCUGAGUUUGGCUCUCGGGCCAAACUCAUUGCAUCCAGCCUAAAGAGCUUCGACAGAUGGUUUAAUGAGGCCACUCAUAUUGUGGUCUGCGUGCCUGGGGGAGGACAUGGCAAGGAGGGCCAAUCCUGCCUGGGAGUCUCUGAGAGGAAGAGCUUCCGCCUACGGCAUCUUGCUGUAAGGGGUACCUCGGUGUUUUGCAAAAGAUUCGCUAGAAUCAACAGAGUCGGAAAAUCUAUCCGGCUGGAGUCGUCUCAACGAGCCGAGAGCUCCAUACAUUUCCUUUCCCCACAGGCCAUCCUCCUUCAUAACGAGUUGAGAUGCCUGUGGUUUCUUGUGCCCUUCCUCACUCGGUGCUCUACGCCUGCUGCCGCCAGGCCCGAUCCAUCUCGACGGGUGCUGCUGCUCGUAAAGCACGGUCCCGACUACCUGGUUAAAUUGUCAAAGAUGACAUGA